AAACGAUCAUGUUAGUUGCACCGCAAGUAACCUUAUUGAUGGGCACAACGGGCACGAAGUCGUCGAUCGCACAGCAUAUCAGCGAAGGGGACGAGAUAUUUAUGAAGUGUCAGAUCAGUGCUCAUCCGCACACAUAUGUCAUACAAUUCUUCUUCAAUGGCACACAAAUUGUUGACAAUUCUGACGGGGUGUUCAUUAAUAACUCAAGUCUCGUAAUAAAGAGCGUUCGUCGACAGCAUUCCGGACGCUAUCAGUGUUUCGCCAAUAACUCCGAAGGCAGAGGAGAGAGCAAUGAAUUAGUCCUCGCAGUCACCUACCCGCCGGUGUGUCGGUCGCACAAGCGUGUGUUUGGGGCGGCGUUGGGGGAGGCGGUGAAGAUCCCGUGCUCUGUGACGGCCGAACCGCCGGACGUGGCCUUCCAGUGGACGGUCAACAACGCGGAACUGUUGGCCAGUUUCGCGUCG